AUGAGGAAAAAGAAAGUAUUGGACAUCGUAUGUUGCUUACGUGGUUUAUACGAUUCCCAUGCGUACGUCAAGAUGUCCUCCGAAGACUGUGAAAAUGAACUGCUUGCUUUAGAGUCUAUUUAUGAAGACAGAUAUCAACUUGUUCAAUCUACACCAAAACGAAAAGUUAAAGUAUACUUAGAUGGACAAUCAGAUGAUUCAUUAUUAACUAAAAUUAAAUGUCAAAUUCUUUUUGAACUACCAGAUAAAUAUCCAAACAAGCCGCCAAAAUAUCAAUUACUUAAACCAGAAAAUAUUUCAGAUGAGGAUAUUGCCGAUAUUAAAAAUAUAAUCGAUGGAGUAAUUGAACGUUCGCUUGGCUAUGUUAUGCUUUUUGAUAUCUUAACAGAUGUUCAACAAAAAUUGGAUAGUAUUUGUGAAAAGAUACUAAUCCGUCAACGUAAUGAAGCUAAGGAGAAACGAAAAGCAGCCCUGCUGGAGGAAGAGGCUAAAUUUAAAGGAGAUCGUGUUACUGUUGAAUCAUUUUUAGAAUGGAACGCCAAAUUUCGUGCAGAAAUGGAAUCCUUAAAAGAGAAAAUUAUAACAGACGAUCAAACAAAUAAACGGUUAACUGGACGUGAAUUAUUUUUGAAGGAUAAUCACUAUGAUGAUUCAGAUCUUACUUUCUUAGAAACGAAUGGUGGUGAAGUUGUUGAGAUAGAUGAACGCCUGUUUAUUGAUAUUAAUGAUAUAGAAUUAAGUGAUGAUGACAUUGAUGAUGGUGGUGUUUCAACGGAAACAACAGCUUAAACGAUUGUAUCUUGUAUGUAUGUAUAAAUAAACUGACUUGCUUACUUACAAUUUGUAGUUCUUAUAUUAAUAUGAACAAGCGUUUUUAGAAAUAAACAAAAUAUGCAUAUCCAAUACAAACAGCAAUAUGUGCUGUGCUUCUCAACAUCUACAGUUCAGGGAGACGUAAAGUAACAACCGCCCACACAUUUUUAAAAGCACACAAACGUUUCCUGAUCACCACCUACCUUUAUUUACGUCACAGGAAUUCAAUAAUUGGACUCUUCACUGAUUAGAUUAUGAAGAAAUACGUAUGCUCACGUGGUGUUAAAUUUACAAGA